GCGGCGGCCCGGGCUCGGGCUGUCGGGGAAGCUGCUGAGCUGUGAUGGUGAUGACGAGGUGAAAAUGGCGGAUCUUUCGAAAUACAAUCCCGGCCCCUGACAUACCAGAGGCGGCGGCAGCGGCGGCGUCGCCACCCGGGCUCCCUCCCCGGCCCCCCGGUCCCCUGGAGCGCUCCACUUUGGGCAAACUGGGAAAGGAAGCGGCUGGCCGGAGCGACCGUGCACGGGCAAAACAAGCACCGCCCGGGCUCGGAAUUGCCCGGGACCUUCGGGAGCCCCCACCUCGGAGCCAGAGGGAGGAGAAAGCGGCAGCCGCUGGAGCGCCUGAUCAACUUUCUAGCAGGAGAACGAUCAUGGAGGUGGUGCCAGCUGAGGUGAAUAGUUUGCUUCCAGAGGAGAUAAUGGACACUGGUAUAACUUUAGUGGAUGAUGAUAGUAUUGAGGCUGUUAUUGUUUCAUCCCCAAUUCCCAUGGAGACAGAACUGGAAGAAAUUGUCAACAUAAAUUCUACUGGUGACUCUACAGCCACGCCCAUUUCCACGGAACCAAUCACAGUGUACAGUAACCACACUAACCAAGUUGCAGUGAAUACCACAAUUACUAAAGCAGAUUCUAAUACCACAGUGAAACCAGCUUUUCCAAGUGGCCUUCAGAAACUUGGUGCUCAGACUCCUGUGACUAUAUCAGCCAAUCAGAUUAUUUUAAACAAAGUAUCACAGACAUCAGAUCUUAAACUUGGCAAUCAGACCCUUAAACCAGAUGGACAGAAGUUAAUUUUAACAACUUUGGGCAAGUCUGGUUCACCAAUUGUUUUAGCACUACCCCAUAGUCAACUACCCCAGGCUCAGAAAGUUACAACUCAGGCCCAGUCAGGAGAUGCUAAAUUACCACCGCAGCAAAUUAAAGUAGUUACCAUUGGAGGGAGGCCAGAGGUGAAACCUGUCAUUGGUGUCUCAGCAUUGACCCCAGGAAGUCAACUGAUUAAUACUACAACUCAGCCCUCUGUGUUACAGACCCAACAGUUAAAAACAGUACAGAUUGCUAAGAAGCCUCGAACACCAACCUCUGGUCCAGUAAUCACGAAGCUGAUCUUUGCAAAACCAAUUAAUAGUAAAGCAGUUACAGGACAGACAACUCAAGUAUCACCACCAGUCAUUGCAGGUAGGGUUCUUUCACAGUCUACUCCUGGGACUCCAUCAAAGACCAUAACAAUAUCUGAAAGUGGUGUUAUUGGAUCAACUUUAAAUUCUACAACACAGACACCAAAUAAAAUAGCCAUCUCACCUUUGAAAUCGCCAAAUAAGGCAGUGAAAUCAGCUGUGCAGACCAUCACUGUUGGAGGCGUGAGCACGUCACAGUUUAAGACAAUUAUUCCUCUGGCAACUGCUCCCAAUGUCCAGCAGAUUCAAGUGCCUGGAAGCAAGUUUCAUUAUGUCCGACUUGUCACUGCCACAACAGCCAGUAGCUCAACCCAGCCAGUUAGUCAGAAUCCCAGUACAAACACUCAACCUCUCCAGCAAGCAAAGCCAGUGGUGGUUAAUACCACUCCAGUGCGGAUGUCAGUUCCACUCGUCUCAGCGCAGACUGUCAAACAGGUUGUUCCCAAACCCAUCAAUCCCACUUCACAAAUAGUUACCACCAGCCAGCCACAACAGCGGCUCAUCAUGCCUGCUACACCACUGCCACAGAUCCAGCCAAACCUCACUAACCUGCCACCAGGCACUGUGCUGGCCCCAGCUCCGGGAACAGGGAAUGUGGGUUAUGCAGUGCUUCCAGCUCAGUAUGUUACUCAGCUACAGCAGUCUUCAUAUGUGUCUAUAGCAAGCAACUCUAACUUUACUGGAACACCUGGUAUCCAGACCCAGGCAAGGCUUCCAUUCAACGGCAUAAUCCCAUCAGAGUCUGCUAGUCGACCCAGAAAGCCCUGUAAUUGUACAAAAUCGCUGUGUUUGAAAUUAUACUGUGAUUGCUUUGCAAAUGGUGAAUUUUGCAACAACUGCAAUUGCACUAAUUGUUAUAAUAAUUUGGAACAUGAAAAUGAAAGGCAAAAAGCAAUAAAGGCAUGCCUUGACAGAAAUCCAGAAGCUUUUAAGCCUAAGAUAGGGAAAGGAAAGGAGGGAGAAUCAGAUCGACGUCACAGCAAAGGAUGUAAUUGCAAACGAUCAGGAUGUCUUAAAAACUACUGUGAAUGCUAUGAGGCAAAAAUUAUGUGUUCCUCAAUAUGCAAAUGUGUUGGCUGUAAGAAUUUUGAAGAAAGCCCAGAAAGAAAGACACUGAUGCACUUGGCAGAUGCAGCUGAAGUAAGGGUACAGCAACAAACAGCAGCGAAAACGAAGUUAUCUUCUCAAAUUUCAGACUUGCUUACUAGGCCAACACCAGCUUUGAAUAGCGGAGGAGGAAAAUUGCCAUUUACAUUUGUAACGAAGGAAGUAGCGGAAGCCACGUGUAAUUGCCUUCUUGCCCAGGCAGAGCAAGCAGACAAGAAGGGAAAAUCAAAGGCAGCAGCCGAACGGAUGAUACUUGAGGAAUUUGGACGAUGUUUGAUGAGCGUCAUCAACUCUGCAGGAAAAGCAAAAAGUGACCCUUGUGCCAUGAAUUGCUAACUCUUGCACAAAAUACUGAUAAAUGGAACUGUACAGAAAAGGUGCAGGGACACUUGAUUUUCUGGAAAAUAGUUUAACAAUUACUGUAUUGUUAAUUCAGUCCUUGUGAGACCUGAAAUUAUAAUAUUGAAAGACGUGAAAUUUUAAAUGAGGAAAUUAGUACAUUUUAAAUUUUAGUUAAACCUGUUUAUGCCCCUUCUAAAUUGUUUUUCUUUAUUGUAUUAUAUGGAUUUUUAAUUUGCAUGGGUUUCUUAAGAAUUAGAUGUUCUAUUCUUCUGAUUCUAUUGACAAAGGACAUUUAUAAAUUACUAUAAUUUAUAACGUAUGGUGUUGUAUGACUUUGUUCCAGUAGAAAAAGCCAGAGAACCAUUGGUAUUACCCAAUCAUUCUCUGGCACUAGACCUAAGCAGAUAGAAUGUCUAUAUAAACAAAUUCUUAUGAAACAUUAUUCAAAUGACGUUUUGUGCUUAGAAAAGCACUAUCUUUUGAGGAAAUACCAGCUUUUUUUAGCACAGAUUCUGGAAUAACAUCCUAUUGUCACUUUGGGAAUGUCAGAGGGGAAGUAAGUAAUCUAUAGGCACACUUUUAAAAUAAAAAAGGUGUUUUUUUAAAAAACAAAGUUUUGAAGGACAGUAAAAAGUUAUCAAUAGGCAAUGUGUUUCUCCAACAAAGGGAGACUAAGAAAUGCUCUAGGGGUGUUUCCAUUUUCUGUGAAGGAGGUGGUGUGCAUUUGAAAUGAUAAUAAAUUGUCAACGUGAUUACUGGGUACUAUUAAAAGUGAGAGGUGCAUAUGAAUAGAACUUAUUAUGUAGUAAUGAUAUAGAACCUUACAUAAUUAUCAGGUAUAAAAUUUGGCUUGGAUGGAGAAAUAAAGAACAUUGAAGCUCUAAUAGAUGAAAUUAGGGAAGGAUUUUUCAUCUGUACAAUUUUCCUUAUAGACUUUUGAACUAAGAGGUCUCAAUCCAAUGUAUGAGUCUUACUUGAUUUACUGAAAGGGCCUCCUAACAAAGCUUUCAAAAUUAUAGUGGGAUUUCUUUUUUAAGGAAAGCUUAAUAUGGUAUUAUUUUUAGCCAGUGAUUUGAUAAGCUGAAGGUAUGAGUGUUUUCUUAUUAUUACUAAAAUAAUCUAAAUCAUCUUUUCCUAAUUUAAAAUUCAAAAGCUUUAUGAAUUUAAGAGCCAAUAAUAGGACUCUGGGUUUUAUGACAAGAAACCAUGUGUUGGAAUUCAGGCAUUUUGUUAGGUACCGUAAUUAUUAGUAUAUGAUUAUUACAUUUCCUACAAGGAAUCUAUAGUUGUAUGUAUUAAGUGUGUAUAUAUGUUCAUAUGAACACACAAGAUAUAGGCAAUAGAAAUUAAGUAAUGCAAAAGAAGAUUCCGUUAUUUACUGAAGUAUCUUUUGAAAUUUGGAUUUAUAAAAUUAUAGUGCAGUAACUCUAAAUGUAGAUAGUGCAGAAAUUCUUAGCACCUCAAUCUAGUAUGUUUAAUUAAAAUUUGUAUAAAUGUAAAUUAGUGUAAGAGGAUAAAAUAUCUAAUCAAGUUAUUUUUCAAAAGAUUACCUUUUUGGUCUAAACCUAAACUUUGUUCAUUUUGUACAUAUUCUGUGUUUAACUCUAAUUGCACCUUUGUGAUGUGUAUUUAUAUACAGUGUGCAGAAAAUGUUUGUGAAAUUUGGAUUACAAUUGUAGAUUAUGUAUGACAGCAUUGCCUGAGAAUGUUUUGCUUGUAAAAACUUGAAGGUGCAAUCAAAUGCUACUAGUUUUUCUGAUUUUCAAGAAGCUAUCUAAAGUAUUAAGACUUUUCCUUCCUGUGUAGUACUUACUAAGCAACUUUUUGUAUUUAGGCAUUUGCAUCAAAUUGCUGAACAAGAUUAAUAUCCACAUUAAUUCAACAAUUUUAAAAGACUAUUUGGGAGGGUUGGGUAUAUAAUUUUUUUAGCUCUAUUUACAUCCCAAAGUAGAAAGAUUAAAUUUAUAUUUACUAGAGCUAUUCAAAGAAUACACUUUUCUAUAUUGUAAAAACAGGACAGCAAAAUAAAUCAUACAGAAAAUAAACAUUUAUACUAUUCUGUAAAAAAAAGGAUUUUGUUUUUCUUUAAAAACACUUUUAACUAUCUUACAAGAAACUUUUAAAAUCUGCUUUUAAGUAAAUUUGACAUUACUUCUGAAAGCACACAACUAAAAAAUGUCUAUCUUUUUGCCCAAUUAUGAUUAAUUGAAAUUGCUUUAAAACUAGAAUGUCUCUUUUUCUGCUCUUCAAAGGCAGAAACUGAGUCUUUUUCCUGUCCUUUAGUAUUUGAUGUUUUUGUGGUAAGCACCUUUCUUAGUUUCCUUUUCUCUCAAGAACUUGAAGCAACCUGUAGGUCUUAUCUCUGGAUUAUCUGGGAAACAGAACCUUCAAGUUGCAGUAAUAAAACAACCAGAGCAGCAACAGUAGGGAGAGACUACUGCUUUAGCUUACCUAUUCUUUUAUGGGGAUAACUGACAUUUUCUCAGUCUUCUGUAAAAUGUGAAUAAAAAUACCUUUAGAAAA